AUGAUCGGGCUUUUCAAUGUGUCUGGAGGCUACAGCAGCUUGCAUGCUGGCUGCCUCGACAAGUACAAAUCUGAACCCUGGCGCUGCCUCUUCCCGGAGUACUUUGCAGAUCUCAUGGAGACAAGGCUUUUCAUUCUCAACAGCCUAUACGACUCGUCAGAAAUCACCUACAGUCUGGGAUUGGACUGCUGCCCAGGGGACUGCCCUUACUGGAAGCGUGCCUGCACGCCGUCGGAAAUGCAGCUCUACGAGAAGUUGCGCCUAGGGCACCUGGAAGCAUGGAAGGAUGUUGUGCGGCGGCCGGGCAAUGGCGUGUGGGCCAUUGCUUGCAUCGACCACACUUUGGGCUGGGGACGCUGGACAGAUACAGACUGGGAGGUCCCGGGCUCCAGUGGUCACACUAUGGCAGCUGCCGUGCAGAGGUGGCUGGACUGGCCUGCAGGGAAUGAUCCGCCUUCGUUGGUCUUUGAGGACCUCGUUUCAUGGCCAGACAACAGGCCCUGCUCGGGUCAACGCCAUCGUUCCCUCGCCACGGCCACGACCACUGCCUCAGCUGCCGCCCAG